ACGGAAUACAAAUUGGCCACAAUAAAUAAUAAUUAAAGAGAAUUAAUGUGAUAUAGAAAUUACGUCACAUUGUAAUGUAUAAGUACAAGUGAAUGUGUCGAAAAUGUGACACGAUUAAGGUUAAGAAACGAAUUUAUUUUGAAGCAUUUAAUUCUUAAAUUGUUAAAUAUUCUUCACUUUUGUUAGAAAAAAGUGUUCAUCGAAAUUACAGUUGGCCAUUAAUUUAACAAGUUUCGUUCGGAGUGAUACGAAUUAGAAAAAAAUAAAAAAGAAAAUGACAACCGUAAACAAGCCAUCAAAAGAACCGACACAAUCUGUGUGUGCACAGAUGGAAAGUUCGAUGACAGAUGGAAAUUCGAGAUGCGAAUCGCCGAAACGUGGUACAACACUUUCAACUAGUACCAGUAGUUUCGAAGCUCUUGAUCCUCAUGACCCAAAUCUAAGUCGUUUAGCUAAUACGAUGUUUCAAAAAACUGGCGAAUACUUGCAAGAAGAACUCACCGCUACUCACGCUGAUUAUCGACUACUGGAACGGUUAAAUAAAGAGACUAUCGCAAAGUAUACAGAAUUGAAGACAAUAUCGUCGAAUGUUUCAAUAUCAUUGGAUUCUUUAAAUGAAAAAUAUAAGAAUUUGCGACCUAUAUUGGAAAAUAUUGAUCAAAUUGAUGAUAGUGUCAAUAAAUUAGAACAAGCAGCUUAUAAGCUAGAAGCAUAUUCUAAACGAUUAGAGGCAAAGUUUAAAGAUCUUGAGAAGGAUUUAAAAAAGAAUGAAAAUCUUCAUGUUCUUAAACAAUGUAUAGACAAUGUGACAAAAGGUAACGUUAUGACUGGAAACAAGCCCACUUUAUAAUCAAAUCUUUUUCUAAUACUAUUAUAUCGUAUAUCAGAUAUUUAAAAUUUAUUAAUAAAAAACAUUGUUAAUUUAAAAACAUUAAUAUAGCAUUGAUUGUGGAUGGAUAGUAAUUGUUAAUUU